UGUGGUGCGUGUCCUGUCAUCAGGCGAGUGGAUGACGGUGGUUUGGAAACAGGGUUUGUACAACUAUAAGGACCCCUUCUCUCUGUCUGCACAAGCCUGGGACCACCAGGACUGUAAUUCCACCAUAGAGCUGAAGGCAGUAUCAGGGGUCCAGGGGUCACUGAGGACACCUUUCUUCCCCAGCUACUAUCCACCCGACACCAACUGUACCUGGAGUUUUAGUAUGCCCAGGGUAGGAAUGGGCUUGUCUUUGGAAUUUGAGGGCUACGAGCUGAGCAGAGCCACCUACAACCAGGCCUGUACCCAGGGACAGUGGAUCAUCCAGAACCGCAGAUUUUGUGGUACCAGGGGCCUGCAGCCAUACAACGAACGCCUCCUCCUGAUGUCCACAAUGGCCACUGUUGUCAUGACAUCAGAAGUGUCACUCACAGGGCCGGGCCUUCAGCUGUUCUACAGAGUCUUCAACCUAUCCGAUCCCUGCCCAGGCCAGUUUCUGUGCACUGUUAAUGGCCUGUGUGUUCCUGCCUGUGAUGGAAUCAAGGACUGUCCCAACGGGCUUGACGAGAGGAACUGUGUGUGUGCAGCACAGUUCCAGUGUCCAGAGGACAGUCAGUGUGUGGACUACUACAAGGUGUGCGACCAACACCCAGACUGCCCUGAAGCAACGGACGAGAUGAACUGUACUGAUGGUGUGCAGUGCACAGAUAUGACCUAUGUGUGUGCUGAUGGAACAUGUCUGAAGAAGCCGAACCCAGAAUGCGACUUUGUCACAGACUGCCCCGACGCCUCAGAUGAGAAACAGUGUGACUGUGGCCUGAGGCAGUUCUCCAGCCGAAUUGUGGGGGGAACCAAUGCCACGGAGGGGGAAUGGCCAUGGCAGGCCAGCCUGCAGGUGCGGGGUACCCACAUCUGCGGGGGCGCACUAAUCUCCAGCCAAUGGGUGGUGUCCGCCGCCCACUGUUUCUAUGACGACAGUCUCUACUCACCGUCGGUGUGGACGGUCUACCUGGGUAAACUUCUGCUCAACCGUAACAGCCCUACUGAGGAAGUGGCACGAGUUCAGCGGAUCCACCUUCAUCAAUACUACGACGACGAUUCCCACGACUAUGACUUGGCCCUCCUGAAGCUGGACCGGCCCGCCUCCAUGCUGCUGGAUGGACAUGCUCGACCCGCCUGUCUGCCUCCGCCCACCCACCUACUGGAGCCGGACCUACUUUGCUGGGUCACCGGCUGGGGCGCUCUCCGUGAGGGGGGCAGUGUCAGUAAUGUGCUGCGCAAGGUGGAUGUUCGCCUGGUCAGCGAGGAAGCCUGUGUUCGCUCCUAUGGCCACCUGGUCACUCCCAGAAUGCUUUGUGCCGGUUACCGCAGUGGAAACAAAGAUGCCUGUCAGGGAGACUCUGGUGGUCCCUUGGUUUGCCAGGAGCCAACGGGUCGCUGGUUCCUGGCCGGGGUGGUGAGCUGGGGCAAAGGCUGCGGGCGUCCAGACUACUAUGGUGUGUAUACCCGCAUCACCAGGCUCACUGACUGGAUCAAGCAGGUUAUCAGCAACCCCUGAAACAUUGGGCAUCUUAAUCAUUUUUUAUGUCAAUAUCCUCAUAACCCAAAACUGGAUGCAAAUGAAAAUGUUAUCCACAUGAGGAUAAGAAGUGCUGGAAGAUGAUUUGAGCUUGCUUCUCAGCCAAACAACCAGGUGGUAAAGUGUGAUUCCAUUCCAUGAUAUAAUAAAGCUAAUAAUAAUCAACCUUAUUUAUGUGGUGCCUUUUAGAACUGAUUUGAUAAAGUGUUUAUCGAGCGUGCAGUAGAAGGAAACAUGAAAGCAAAAUGUCAGGAGAAUGGUAAUAGAACUUAAAUAGAAUAGCCUAAUGAUUUUUUAAGAAGUGAUUAAGAAAAGCUCAGGUUUGAAAUGUGUAUGAAAUAUAAUGAUAGAGAACUAUGAAAGCAAUUUGA